UCCCUUCGAUUUCCUUGCAGAAAGGUGAGCAGAUUGAUGUAUAGAUUGUACAGUGAAUCAAGGCAGGAGCCUCGCAGCGAGGAUCAAGGAACACGCAGGAAUGUCAAAGAACUUCACUACACAUCUAUCAAAGUAAAAGGAAGAUUUGAUGGAGGAAGUAAAGGUGGCAAGUGUAGAUAUUUAAACUUUCUUUCUCGAAAAAAUAGGUCAAGUAUUGAAGAAGGUCUGAGUGGAUGCAUCAUGACUGAUUGUCUCAGUGAAAGCUUAUUGCAGUUGUCAAUCUUGUGCGACCUUGACUUCAUUGUAGAGCGAAGUAAGCUAAAUUUAGUGAAUGUCAAUUUCUUUCUUGCAUGGCUUUUAGCGUUUACGAAGUCAUUCGCGUGGCUUGUGUGUCGCAUUGUAAACAAACCAACUACGCGAUAGACAGGCCACGCGAACGACUUUGUAAACGCUUAAAGCCAUGCAAGAGAGACUGAACCUCUGCUCGUAGGGUAAGCAGCUGCAGUGUUUUUUUUUACAAUUCUGUCACGAUGUUUCAAGGCAAAGGAGCCCAAAGAUGAUCGACUUAUUUAAUUGCCCGGAAAAGAUUGGAGAUGACCAAAAACGUGUUUUAAAAAAAUUAAAAAUCGUUGGUGAGAAGAAAGAAACAGACAAGAUCAGAGCCAAUAAAAUGAUCAGGGAAGCCCAAUAAAACAUGAUCAGGUUCAAAAGUAAAUUGCCUGUUAAAAUUUCCAAAAGCUUUACGUCAAAAAUAUUUCGAAUCAGUUUUGCAAAGUAUAUUUUAUUGAGCAAAAAAAUUGUUUGUAACGUCAACUAUUUUAAGUCCUGGUUUACAUGAGAAUUUAAGACCUUGAUGAUCUGUAUGCGAAAUUCUAUUGUUAGUGGCUGCACAUUAGGCCAAAUUUUAAUCAUGAGUUUUGAAUCAGUUUUAUCGCAAAAACAGUACCUCUUAUAGAAGAGGGCUCUUGACAAUUUAAGGUGAAAGUUUUUUUGAGCAAUUAUUUAAACUAAAUGAACAACAAUCCAAAACAAUUCGAAAAAUAAAUAAAAUAGAAUUUUGAUUGACAAACAAACAAACACACACUAGUUUAAGCUGAUAAAUAUGCAAUGGUCGCCACAUUAUUGGAAACGGCUUAAGCAAUUGCUCAGGAAAUCAGCCCACGAUGCAACAUUACUUUUCACUUUUUAAGAAAGAACGGGAUCGCCAUUGCUGGAUUUGAGUUUCUGCCAAAACAGACGAACGUUCAAUACUGCAGAAAAUAGCGCCGGAGAUCGGGAAAUUUUGUAGAUUUGAACGUAUUUAUUUUCUACCAGCAAAGAUAUAGCGUGGUUAAUUUGAUUGUGUUUGUAUUGUGGUAGGAAGCAAAUUGCUUUCGAGUGUGCAAGCUAUUUCUAUUGCCAUACAAGCAAAAUUAACCGAGCUAUUUGGAUCUCCUGCGAUCUUUUACACAAUUGAUAUGUUCAAAUUUCACAGCGUUUCCUAGUUUUAAGCGCUCUGUUCUAUAGCAUCGUUUGUUUUUCUGUCUUUGCGGAAAUUUAAGUCUAAUUGUUUUUGGUGUACUCGCGGUGUAAAUGUUUAAACGUACAAAUUUCAAUUCUCCAUUCAGACCUUCUUUAUUUUUUUUAAGAAGCGGCUAAGAUUUCAAAUUCAGGAACAAGCUUUAAGUAUUUUUGCUGAAAGACGCCUUGGUAAAUUAUGCAGCGCAAUUUCUUUCUGAAAAUCUUAUUGUUGUUUAGAUAAAUUUUUAUGUUAAUUUCUUGUCUUCACGAAAAUAUGAUUGGAAUGUGGCUCCAGAAGACUUAGAAAAAUACGGCGCGCCCACGGCGCAUGCGUCGUAUUUUUUUAAAAAAAUAUAAAAGUUUGUUUAUUUCAACUACUAUUAAUACUAAUAAAACAUUUUUCAACUUGUCUUUUAUUUCUUCCUCCUACUAUUAUUACAAUACAAUAAAGCACUCAACACUUUGUUCUACGUUAACUGUCUUUUAUUUAUUAUUAUUUUCAUCAAAAAUAUACUAAGUCUUUUGGCGGGAAAAUCUGAGCAAAUUUGCACAGCGUUUCCCCUGACAAUAUUUUCGAGACAAAAAUAUGCAAGACAUGCCUUUAAAAAUUUUCAGCUAAAACUUUAAUACAACUUUGCCUGCAAAAUUUUUUAAGUGAAACUUCCCAAAAUUUCCUUUUUUGCACAAGCUUAAAAACAAGUAAAACGAGCAAUAAUUUCCUAUAACUUGUCGCGCACAAGGCUACUUUGCAAGGCAAGGUGCGACUUGUUGCGCGUAUAUUACCUUCUACCAGCUCAGCAAAUUUUCACGCUGAAAAGAGUCGAAGCCUCUUCUAUCCUUUGCUCUACGAAUAUAAGUUGAACAAGUAGACGGUAAAACACACAAACUGAAUCUGUGUGCUUUACCAUCCACCCGUUCAAUUAGUUUUCGUGUUGCCAAGGGUAGAAGAGACUUCGACUCUUUGCAGCGUGAAAUUUUGCUGAGCGGGUAGAAGGUAGUAAGCGCAACAAACCACAUCUUGCCUUGCAACGUAGCCUUGUGCGCGACAAGUUACAGGAAAUUAUUGCUCGUAUUACUUGAUCUUAAAAGUUAGAAGCAAAAAUGGCAAGCUGGAAAAAGCUCAGUGUGAAAGACAGAAAAUGCGAAUCUACUCGAAAGAUUUAAAGCCAAACGAAAUAUUUCUGAGAAAAAAAAUAAAAUAUUUUCCUUGCGACAAUUUAUCGCUUUUUGGAAAGUUUCCCUCCCUUUUGUAAUUCUAUGUUUUUUUUUUUUAAAAACAGAUUUAUAGCUUGCCAAGGUGCCUCUUACGCCACCUCGUGCAACAAAAUUUUCUACUGACACCUAUUUCAGCUGACACAAUUCAUAUUCAUAGCACAGGAACCGACAAAAGUAAACUUUAAACUGCAGAAUUUUAAAAUUCCCCUAUGAUACGUUUCUUUCGGUAAGCAUUUGCUUCUCUUUGCUGUACACCCAAGUUUUUCUAUAGUUUCAAACCGCAAACCGUCCCCACCAUAAUUGAAAAAAAAAAAAAGUGAUUAUCACCCCCCAUUAUUAGAUAUUUUUCCUGUGCCACGUGAAUUGUUCACUGAAAUAAGCCUUUUACCAAACUAAUAAUAAUAACCUAGCAUAAAACCCAUUGUCUGGUUUUAAAAUGAAAAUAAAUUUGCUUGUAUUGAUUAAUCAAAAAGUGAAUUGAAUAAAACUUGGACAGACCACAUAAUCAAAUUAACGCCGAACGACAAAAUGUUCAACCAAGAAAAUGGAUGUUUUGUUAAUCAUAUCACGAGUUGUAAGGAAACAAGAUCAACGAAAUGCUGAGUUGCUUUCUAUCCACCGAUUUUUCAAACAUCUAUGAUCAUCACUCGAAAUAACCUAAUAUUCAAGAAUAAAAAUAAGCGGAAAGAGUUUCACACGACGUUUCCAUGUCGCCAUGAUGAGGUGACAAAAUAAAGUCGAGAACAAAGGUAACGAGUUUGCACGUGUGAGUGGAAAUGAAAUAUGUUAAACAAUUUCGUCCAGAUGGACGCAUAUUGCAAAAAUUUAUUAAAUAGCCCUAUUAUAAAAUUUUUUUUGAGGGAAAAUCUAAUAGUGAAAAAGUUGGAACAGUAGAAGAGUCGGUACUUUGAAUCUUCUUGUUUUUGUCAAAAUAUUGCAGCAUAAUUUCAGUCUUGACUACUUGGAGACGGUGCUGAAACACUUGAACUAAUGUAAACGUACUUUGAUUUCAUGUCACGCAAAAUUGCCAAAAGUUAUUGAACAGCUUUACAAUUUUCAGUUUUAUUUUUUGACAAUCUAGUUGUGAGGAAAACAUUUUGCAUCUCUAACUCAAGUUUGGUCCAAUUGAUAGCCGAUCAUGUAUGUUCCAUGAUUAGUUUUAUCCUUUUGAAAUCAUUAUGUACCACCACUUCAACUCUGUCAAGAUGCCGGCACACAUACAGAAUAAAGGAUCACAGUAGAUAUCAUGUAAACCAUUUUUGUCUUUUGUCUUAUGCCUUAAAAUUUUGAAACUGUGAGAGUUUUUAUCGUCUGGAAAUUGGUAGUUCUUCUUAGUGCGUAAAAUUACAAUUAAUUAAUUGAUUAAUUGUUCCAAUCUAUUAAGGAAAAGCUACGGACUGAAAAACAGUACCAUCUUUGGUUAUGAAUACACUUUUAACAGGAAAAUAUGUUGUUGUUACUUUUGCAAUUUUUGUUUAUUACGUGACCCUUUCAAGGGACCCUCUUUGACUUUCUCAAUUAAGUUUCACUAAAUUUGUUAUUUUUGUAAUUUUAUCUAUAAUUGCAACCUCCUUGAUGGCCCCUUUUCGUUUCUGAUAUACUAUUCUUUCUAUUUGUGCAAUUUUAUUUUUGCCAUCAAGUUUUUCACGUCCGAGAAGAAUUUUCCAAGUUGUGUUUUUUUUUCCGUUUUUUAUGAAUUCUGUUUUAUUUUUGCCAUUUUUUUUUUGCUGAAAUUAUGGCGAAAAUUCGAUGGCCAACGUGCUUGGUAAUCUUUGAAGGAAUUUUUCUAAAAAAAUUACUUGGUUCAUCAAUUUCAGAGCUAACUUUUCAUCGAAAUGCUUGCUUUGUGUUUUUGCCUAAGUAACUUAAAACAAAUAAAGACAGACCGAGAGCUAAUUUCGUUCCCUGCUAAACAUAUUGUUCGUUUAAUAACUGGAUUAAUGAGUUCUUCUUCUACUAAAGGAAAACUGGGAUGACGUAUUGAAACUUUGGUCACUUUUUCUUCUUUUGCGUUCAAGUCUGUGACACUCAGAACGUGGUGAAAACAGCUCGUUUAUUUUUAAUUAGAUGCCUUUUUCGAGGCAGAUUUUUAUUCGAAACGUGGUUCUUCAUUUUCUUUGAAAAAAUUUAUCCAGAAAUUCAAUUUUCUACUGAUGUUGCUGUCUGAUACUGCUACUCCAGGACAACGAAAAAUGAGAAACAAAAAUACAUGUUGCCCUUUUUAACCUGCUGAGUUCUUCUGAAAGCCAUGUUUGUUUUGCUAAAAAUUUUUCAAACCACAGAUAAUUGGCAAUUUUUUUAACCGAAAGAAUUUUCGGGGAAAAAUAAAAUUCAUCAACUGGAAUGACGUAGUCAAACUUGCUUCUUUUGCAUCAAGGUCUAUGACAUUCAAAACUUGGUCAACACAGCUGGCUUACGUUUAAUUAGAUGCCUCUAUCGAAGCAGAUUUUUAUUCCAAACCAUCGGAAAAGAUCGGAAAUCGAAGGAACAAAUUGUGUGAAUGGUUAGAAAAAUCUCUCUAGAAUUUUUGUCGGCCAUCUCUCUUAAAUUUUUUACAAGCUUUCAAAACAAUAACGCUGCUUUUCGUUGUUACUAUUGCCAAGAGCCAAGGGAACGAUUGCAGCGGUCAAAUGACGUAAUAAUUAUUCAAAAUGGCGCACGACAGGAAAGGGCCGUUUUUGACCAUCGGUUUUGUGUGUUCUUUUACCUUGCUUUGUUACAAAAAUAAAUUUUAAGUUCAAUUUGACGAGAGGCUGCUUUUUAUUAUAAGCAAAAUUCAUGAUCCUUUUCAACUGAAUUUGAUGAAAAGCGUAGUUGACUUAGUUUUUGUUUUAUUUUAAUUGUUUCGGUUUCAAGUUCUUUUUUCGAUGUCUUUGAAUGCAUCUGGAAAGUUAAUGUUGAAAGAUUAAAAAGCUGAUGUUUUAGAACUAAGAUAAAUAAAUUAUUUUAAGUUUUGAAAAAGAAACUGUUUGCUGAAGCAUACCUUCACCCUAAACACCGUGACUACACAUUCAUGUUUAGGACUGUAAGCUGUAACAAAGUGAAUUUGCCAGCAGAUUUCGUUAAUAAUUUUAUGCAGAACAGAAACAGCAAGGAAAUGAAAAAUUGUUCCAAAAAAACCAAAUAAUACUCUCUACAAAUCAAAAUUCUUACUACAUGUGCAACUUUUUCCCAUCAAGGUCUUCACAAGACAGAGAAAAUUCUUGGUACUUUUUCAACAGUUUCUAAAUUCGCGGCCUUCUCGAGGGCCCUUUUUCCUCUCUAAAAUUUAAAUUCUUUUAUUUUGCUAAAUUUGUUAUCGUGGCUUUUUUCUUCGAUUCUCGAUAGCAAGUUUGUUUUGCAUUGCAAGACAAAUUCUUGCUAAAUACACAGCCUUCUUUGAGUUUUUCAAUUUAUUAGUUUUUUCUUUUACUAAAUUUUUUUAUUUUUGCGAGUUUUGGUAGCAUUUUUUUCAAUGUUGUAGAGAUAAUUCUCGAUACUUUUGUAAAUUAAGCUAACAUCGUAACUUUCUCGAGGGCUCCCCUUUUUCUCUCUGAUUUUUAACCCUUCUAUUUUGCUUAAUUUGUUAUUUUUGCUAUUUGUGUUUGGCAUUUUUUUAAUAUUUGUUCACAUUAAAGACAAAUUUGCUUUAGCUUUUUUUUUCUAUUUUCUUGUUAUUUUCAAUGUAGUUAUAAUUGUUUUUCCUCCACUGAAAAUUUCCUUUACAUUAUUUUUUGCUAAAAUUGAGGUGAAAAUUUGGUGACAAAAUUUUUUUCAACUUUCAGUUGAGGACAUAAAUUUUCUCGUAUGAAGUUAUUGAAUAUUUUCUGUAGUCCCUCUAAACUGCUACUAGCAAAAACUUGUAUGAAUAAAUUGCUUGGUAAUAUAUACGCCAUAAGGAAUUAAACUAAGCACAGAUGAUUAAUCCAUUUCUAAGGAAUUUUUCCAAGAAUAAUUAGAUCUGCCAUUUCAGAGGUAACUUUUAAUCGAAAUUCUUGUUUUGCUUUUAUGUCUUAGAAUUUUGGAUCAAGUUGCUGAAUAUUUUCCAUAGUGCCUCUAAACUGCUACUAACAAAAACUUACUUGGUAAUACGCAUGGUUCGUAUAAUCUUAAAAAGUCCUGGAAUUCUACGCCAGACACCGUUUUCUGUAAAAUUAGAUUGUUUUGCCGAGGAAAAUUCGGCUUAUCCUCGGUGUAAGAACCUGUAAAACUCACGGGUAACUUAAAAACAUUUUUGUGCAUGAACAAUAUGUUAUUUCUGUUUCUUUAUUUCAAAUGCUAUUUCUGUACCUUAGAUGCAAUUACAAGUCAUAUCCAGUCAUUUUGCAAAGUCUUGUUGCGGAAAGUAAUAAUAAUGUAAUCAACAAUGGCCAAAGAGCUACCUUGUAAUCGAAAUGCUUGUUUCGUUUUUCUGGCUUGGAAUUUUGGAUCGUAUAAAGAUUAAUCGAGACCAAUUGUGUUAUCUGCCAGACGUAUUGUUCGUUUUGCUACUGGAAUAAUGACUUUUUUUUUUAGGAAAAACUGGAAUGACUCAGUCAAACUUUGUUCACCUUAUCUUCUUGUGCAUCAAGGUCUGUGACACUCAAAACUUGGUCAGCACGGCCGGUUCAUGCGUAAUUAGAUGCCUCUUUGGCAGCAGAUUUUUAUUCCAAAUGUGAUCUUUCUUCUUUUUUAAAUUCAAUCCAGAAAUUCGAAUUUCAGUGUUACUCUCCUACAUUAUUACUCAAGGAUAAAGAAAAAUUAAAAGCAUCUAUGUCGCUGUUUUAAACCUGAGUUCUAGUGAAAGCCAUGUUUGUUCUCUUAAAAUUUUGCAAAGCCAUUGCUAACUGACAAUUUUUUCUCCCAAAAGAAUGUUCAGAGAAUAGCAAAGGAGAAGCAUAAGUUCAUCAACUCGAACUAA